AAUCACUCAGGUAGUGGGUUUGCUGUUGCUGUACAUCUGUGCUUAGAGACAGGCGGUUUAAAGAAGCGCCAUCAAAGAGUACCCGAGGAUAUUUGAGAGUUUGUAAGCUUGUGUUGAAAUCGGGAAAUCAAAAAGAAGAAGAUUGAAAGGAAAGUCAUCGUACAACACCACCCAGAAACGAGUACCGUAUCUCGGAGAAAUCGAGAUCCCCAGAACCCGGGAGUCAUGCUGUGGAUUAGGGGAUGAGUCCGGAAGAGGAGCCAGGGAGGGAUGAGGUUGUGGAGGGUGAGAGGGCAACAAUGGGACACCCCUGCCCUUUGCCACAUCUGGCUGCCUCCCUCCUCCCUGCUGCUGUCUCCCGGUGAGCAUGCAGGUCCUUCAGAUCGUCAAGGAGCUGGUGUCGCCGUCCAGACGCAGGGCAGCGGCAAGAUUUGGAGCGUCUGAUCAGGAUGCGGCGGUGAAACUCGCCCAGGAGCGCGCCGAGAUAGUCGCCAAAUAUGACAAGGGGAAGGAGGCCACCGUUGAGCCCUGGGAGGACACCAACUUCCGCUUGUACAAAGUCAUCGACCGCUUCGGCUUUGUUCAUGAGAAUGAACUUCCAUCCUAUGACUCAGUGGAGGAGAAGCAAAAACACAUGGAGGUGGAGAGGACCUCAAAGUGGCUAAAAAUGUUGAAGAGCUGGGACAAAUACAAGAACAGCGAGAAGCUGGGGAGGAGGGUCUAUAAGGGAAUCCCCUUGCAGCUGCGAGGGCAGGUCUGGGGUCUGCUGCUCGAUGUCCCCAAAAUAAAGGAGGAGAAGAAGGACUUCUACGAGAAAUUGAAGGCCAGAGCCAGGGGAGUGUCCCCCGACAUCCGGCAGAUCGACCUGGACGUGAACCGCACCUACAGAGACCACAUCAUGUUCAUGCACCGCUACGAUGUCAAGCAGCAGGCUCUCUUCCACGUCCUCACAGCUUAUUCAAUGUACAAUACGGAGGUGGGCUACUGCCAGGGCAUGAGUCAGAUCACAGCUCUGCUGCUCAUCUACAUGAACGAAGAGGACGCCUUCUGGGCUCUGGUCAAACUGCUGUCUGGGCCGAAGCACUCCAUGCACGGGUUUUUUAUCCCGGGCUUCCCGAAGCUGAUGCGUUUCCAGGAGCACCACGACCGCAUCCUGAAGAAGAUGAUGCCCAAACUGAAGAAGCACCUGGACACCCAGGAGGUUUUAACCAGUCUCUACACCAUGAAGUGGUUCUUCCAGUGCUUCCUGGACAGAACUCCCUUCACCCUCACCCUCAGGAUCUGGGACAUCUACAUUUUGGAGGGAGAGAGGGUGCUGCCCACCAUGUCCUACACCAUCCUCAAACUGCAUAAGAAGCACCUGUUGAAGCUGUCCAUGGAGGAGCUGGUGGAGUUUCUGCAGGUGACUUUGUCCAAAAAUUUCUUCUUCGAGGACGACUUUGUGGUGGAUCAGCUGCAGGCGUCCAUGACGGAGCUGAGGAAGACAAAGAUGGAGCUGCCUGCCCCAGGUAAAGAAGAUGAGUAUCCCAAGAAGCCUUUAGGGCAGCUUCCUCCUGAGGUGGCCCCAGUGGUGGUGAACCCCGUGGCCAACGGGCAAAGCCACACCGACCCUGCGGAGCCCCCCCAGGACCCGAGUCCGCUACCGGUCCGUCAGCAGGACAGUCGGCCCCCCAGCCGCUUACGCCGGAACUCGCUGGAGAAAUCCAUCCGCCACCACAAGGCUGAAAGAAGAGACGCUCGCUCAAGAGGGUCGGGGGAGAUUCCCAAUGAUCAGCGGAAGCAUUCCACUACACCUGAAAGGGGGGCCCCACCGCCCUCAGCCCCCACCCCGACACCCCCGGUGGAUCGAGGGAAGCCUCAGAGCCACGCCACCGCCAACCACAACUCCAACGCGGCCUCCAGCUCCCGCAAAGAGAUCACCCCCCGCUGGUUCAAACCCUCAGACACAAAGCUGGAGGCGGUGAAAGCGGCAGCCGCGCGGGACGUCCACCAGAGCAGUGGGGCUUCACCGGCCCCCUCCAGCCCAGAGGACAGCGCCCUGGCCCCCCGCCGCCCGAACUCCAAGGGCUUCAUCCCCGACACCAACCGCGGCUCCAAUGCCUCGCAGUAUGACAACGUGCCGGGGCUGCCGGAGCAGGAUUUCGAGAUCCUGGAGCUUGACAGACCCCCGUCCAGAAUGAGGACCCCUCGCAGUGACACCCACUUCAGUGUGUCGUCCCUCCAUCAGGGCAGCCCGAGCCUAGCCGGGAGCACGGUGUCCGUCGCCUCCGGGUCGAGAAUGGCCAAUCACCCUCCUGCGUUCACCAACAACAGUCCCGGGAGGGUGUACCCCGGCAGCCAGUACAGCCCCCCCCCCCAGCAGCACUCCCCGGGCAGAACUACGACAGAAGUUCCCAUCCUCCACCCUGCUUACAGCGUGAGCCUGGAGCCCCGGGGAGAGGACCGACUCUACGCCCCUCCCUCCCGAUUCACCCCGCUCUCCAGCGUGGUGUACGGGGAUCGAGCGUACGCCACCACCCAGCGCCAGAACCCCUCCCCGGAGAAAACUCUCAUGAACAACUGCUACACAACCUACCGCAGGGGGCCGCCGGGGAACCCCCGAACCGUGAGGCCCCCACCAGAGCACUCCCUGCAGCUGGAAACCCAGGAGAGGUCCACCCCGAUCUACCUGCAGCAACUCACCUCCACCUCACAGGUGUACACCCCGGUGGACUACAGGUUUGAGGGGCAUCAGAGGGGUGAGCAACACUUCCUUCAUGAAGGCGGGGGCCAUCGGCGGCCUGUAGACGGGGCCCUCCCAUGGGCUCCAGAUGAUGAGCGGCCCCCUCAUACCCCAGGUGGUGUGCCCCGCUCACCCAGCUUCGAGCGAGCCCAAAUGUCGCCCGUUCAGGAGUUCACUUUCCCCCCCAACCCAGAGCCCCUGCUCCACUACAGGACUCCACUCCAGGAGCCCGUCCUUCGCCAACAGCUGUUCGGAGGGCCGCACUACAGGCACGCACAGGAGGCGUUCGCCCUGCAGGAGUCCAUGCUGCUGUGAUAGACAAAUGGCAAGACACUGUAUAAAAAAUAAAGAACUGAAGUGUAGUCAGACACUGUGGAAAGACAAGCUUUGCUCUCGACGCGUGACCUUCUGACUGUCGCGCUGCGUUGUAAUGUUGCAGCACGCACCAGCCUCUGAAGUUUCUACUGAUCACUUUAAAAACUGACUGAAGAUUUUAUUUUAUUUUUGGAUGUAAAUCAUUAACAAGAGGUGACAGUAUAUAUCUUUUAGAGUCUGAUAUGUACAGUGGAUGUUUUUGUUAAUAUGCUGAGUUGUUAUCAGUAGCAGGGAGGAACUCUCCUGAAAAGGCAAAACUGAUUUAUUUUCCAUCUUUAUUUUUUUAUAGUUACUUCCAGAUAUGUACAAUAGAGAUGGAUCUACUCUAUAUGCUCGUGAAUGUUAUUUUUCAAAAAGAAGUAAUAAUACCGUGUCCCAAGAUAUAAUUAAAGACCACUGUGCAAUUUGAUUUCAAAUGUGCAGUGGCUCUAAUGUAGAAAGUGAUGUUAAUUUUGUAGUCUUUCCUUCCCCAUUAACAGAUGUGCAAUUCGUUUCUUUUUCAAGCGUGAAGUACAGUUUGUUGGGUAUUUCAGUGUACUUUUGGGUUAAAUUCCGACCGCAAAUACAGAGCUCAUUUGUGAGGGCUAAUAAUAUAUAUAUUUAGUUUUAUAUAUUUUGGUUUGCUGGCUUUAAGCCCUCUGAUUGGCUAUGCAACUAUAGGUCACAUGUUUGUUUUUUUCAUUAAUGUUCUAUAGUUACCACAUCUUGAGCACAUGCAGCCAGAGAUAGAUGUGAAGGCGUUUCAGUUUUAUUUGUCUUGUUUUUCUCAACACUGUCAUAUCACUACUGUUUAGCUGCUGUCAAAUGGAGUCAUCUGACUGACACACACACACACACACACACACACACACACACACACACACACACACACACACACACACACACACA